CGCCGCAUUCUAUUCAAUAUUGCCUAUAUAUACUUUCGAGAUUUUCGAGCUUUUUCCUCUUCGAAAUAUUAUCUUGCGAUCUUUUUUCUUCCCUUCGAUCUUUUUCCUUUCGAACAAUUAACAUUGAUUUGGAUUAUUUAUACAGGUAUUCUUUCGUGGACGAGUAAAAUAAAUAUAGAGAAUUCAUUUUAAGAAUUCUUUAUUGUUCCUCGUACGAUCAAAUGUAAUGUAAACUCACUUUUUUUUUCUAUGUAUAACUCGACAACCCUAUAAUCCCUGUAUAUUACAAUCUCUCCGCUUCAAUUUUCAGAGCAGAUGUUCAGAAAGAAAAUAUCCGUAGAUUUGUGGCGGAAACUCGUAGCACUACAAAUGAAUAUCAUAUUAAGGAACAAUAUCACAAUUUAGUCAUUAUCAAAUAACAGUGUGGGUGUGGAUGUGGAGUGUGGGGUGUGGGUGUGGGUAUGAGAUGUGGGUGUGGGUGUGGGUAUGGGAUAUGGGUGUGGGUGUGGGUGUUGUGCUUUUAUUCGUGACACCCGCACCCACACCCACACCCACACCCACACCCUUACAUGUAAUUCGAAAAAUUCUAAAGAUGCUUGAGGAAGACCCUUAACCAAGGUCGAAACCCGUCGUAUCGAUGCUUUCAAUCUGAAACUUCUUAAUAAUAAUUUAAUACUAUGAAUAAUUACAAUGAAUAACGUCAAAACGAGUUAAUUUCAACAUAGAAGGUAUUUACAGGAAUUGUUUAUGAUAAAGUGACGUUUGUUCAUUUUACUUAUUGCUCAAAUAUGAAAGUAUUUUCUUUAAAAUUUUACACAUUAUGGGGUAAAUAGUUUGGUAAAUCUCCGAUUAAUGAUGUUGUUCCUGUACACGGUACACGUAAUGUUAAAAAUUUACACAGGCUGUUAGCAAAGAAUAAUUGAUGUUUUUUUUUCAUAUUACUACUAAAUUAUGUAUAAAUACUAAUUACUAAAGUCAUUAUGUAUGGUGUGUUUAUGAUAAAUGGGAUAAUAUGAUAUUUCAUAUUGUGAGUGUGAUAUUUUAUUAGUAAUUAAAUGUUAUAUGACGGAUAAUAUCAUAUAAAUAAUGAAAUGGCUAUUAUUUUAUGGCAUAUUAUUGUUGAAAUAUUAUAUGAAUGUCAUAAUAAAUCAUUGCAGUAUUUUAACAUUAUGUUUGUUGUAUUAAAAUAUCUAUUAAAGUAUGUUUUUUUCAAUUAUAAUGAUAAAAAUAUAUAACAAUUAAAAUUAUUAAGUUAUAAUAAAGAUAAAAAUAAGAAUCCAUUAAAAUUAUUCAGUUAUGACAAUGAUAUAAGUAAUAAAUAUAAUAAUAGCUAUUAGAAGUGGCAUACCGGAUAUGACACGAUUGGUUUCAUUUCGGCGUUUGAAAUUUUGUAUUAGUUGUUCCCAUUAAUAACAAUAUAAAGAACAUGAAAACUGCUGCAUGUAGUUGUACGAUACGAAUAUAAUUCUUAUAUUCGUUGUGCCUUUAAUAUGGGUUAAAUAUCGUAUCAUACUUUUGAUUCAUUUCAAUGAUUCAUUUUAUUAUGUUUGCGCCUUUAAUAUUACGAUAAAUACUGCGUCAUAUUAGUCUUUUUGCUAUAUUGUUUCUGCCUUUACAGUUGUGUUAGAUACUGUGUUAUGUUACCUAUUUUUGUUAUAUUGUUCCUGGCAUUAUAAUUGUGCUGAAUAUUUUGCCACAUGAUUGAUUUUUGUUAUUUAUAAUUAACAAAUAUUUCGUUUCAAUGUAUGGCCUUAUUUAUCAGAUACGCGGUUAUUGCAUUCAUAAUAUCAACAGAAAUAUUACUUUAAUACACGUCCGAAUUCAAGUUAAGAGGGUUUACAUAUAAUAAAUGAUCUAAUGUUUCUUUUAAUUAUACGGUUAGCGGCAAGACUAUUCUGGACACAAGAGGCGGCAAUACUAAUAUGCAAAGACACUAAUGCUAAUGUGUUCUACUUGUAUUGUUUUCUUCCCAUUCAGUUGCGAAUCAUUGAAAAAUUAGAAAAAAAGUUUUUGUAUUGUAAAGCGUCAUUUUUAUAAUAACUAUUAUUAUAAAAUUUUGGUAGCCCCAUUUAACAAAUUAGAUUUUUAGCAUUGUGCUUUAGUUUUUGCAUAUUAUUGUAAAGCAGUGCGCUGAUGAGUGUUUCCAAAGUUUAACAAUAUAAACACGAAACGCGUCGGCAAAUCAAAAAUCUGCAUUAUAUUAUUGAUAAACUACUCGAGCACAACACAGUAGCAAUAUUGUAACUUGACGACUUCAUUGGUUGCUGAAAAGCGAAAGUUGAGACUAGCAGAUUGAUUUAUAUCUAAAAGAGAUUUAGAUUAGUCUUUGUCCAGUUGAUUUAUGAAACGUCGUGUGAUGCUCUCAAUCUAAAAUUAUCUAAAUCUAAUAAUAAUUUCACAUUGUUGUUAGGAUUAGUACGCAUCUUUUCAGAAACUUCUUCAAAAAUUUGGAGAGUCUUGAAAAUUAUGUACUUAUAGAUUGUAAACAUGCCUGAUGAGUCCCUUAAGCAAGGACGAAACGUCAUGUGAUGCUCUCAAUCUAAAAUUAUCUAAAUCUAAUAAUAAUUUCUCCAGAUUUAAGUCCUUGCGAUUUCUUCUGAUUCCCGAAGCUCAAGAAUCAGUUACGGGGUAUUCGAUUUAACGACGACAACGAAAUGUUAACUGCUUUACAACAAGCCAUUGACAGUCUCACGAAAGAAGACUUUAGCAACUGUUUCAAAGACUGGUUUAUUCGAAUGCAUAAAUGCAUUGAUGCUGAAGGACAGUAUUUUGAAAAAAUAAAUUAAAAUCCUCCUCUAAAUACUUAUCCUAAAGGCUAGUGAAAAAACUUUUGUAGUGCCCCAUGUAUAUAUAGAUCUAUACCCUUAUUAUAGAAUUUAAGAUUUAUUACGUUUAUAUUUCUUUACUUCAAAUUAUUGGAGAGAAGAGCCUAAUUGCUUAGGUGAAAUGUCGAUAUCAUGGUUGCUCUACUCACCCUCACCCUCACCCCUGAACUCAAUAAAGUAGCUUCUACUCUUUUCGCUUUACUUUGUGGAUGUUUUGUUUUACAGUUUCAUAUCUAAUACUAAUCAUAAUCAUUCUCUCUUUAUUCCUAUUAUAGAUCUAUAGUCCUGAAGUGUACUAUUUUUUCGAAGAUACGAAACGCGUCGGCGAUUUGAACUCUGCAUUUUAUUAACUGUUAUUUUAUCAAGCACCUUAUCCACAUUUCAAUUUACUUGAAUUAAGAUCGAUUGCUGAAAAGCAAAAGUUGGGAAUAGCAGGCUGAAGUUGUCUUUUCGUCAAGAGAUAGAGCGACUCUGUUUUUCGAUUGUUAGAUAGUGGCGAUAAGUGUUGAAAAUUUAAAUAAUUAACACGAAAUGUGUGGGCAAAAAUUAACCCUGCAUUUUUCUUUGUUUACAAAGCACAACACUUAAAUAUUAUCUGUUUUUGACAAAGACGUUGAUUGCUGAAAAGCAAGAGUUGAGACUGGGCAGAUUGAACUUGACUUUUUGUUCAGAGAUAGAAUCGACCUGUUUUUUUAUUGGCAUCCUCAAAUGAAACCAUAUCUAUAGUGAAAUAAAAAUGACUCAUUAUGCACUGCAAACCAUUUUAUUUGAAAAGAAAUCAUUUAAGAAGGAAUAUUGUGAAGCUACAGUACUACGCUAUUUUUUGUUUGUUGCUAAGACAAAUGAUAUUAUUAGAUAACUUCAUGGAAAAAACUUUCACGUGCAUAUCUAGAGAAAUUGCAAACAGGAUGGACUUGAAUUGUGCCAUCAAUGAAGUUACGUAUGCACCACUCUUCUCUUCUUCCUGUUUUCACAUCAAUAUUUGCCAAAUACGAAAGUCGUUGUGCCUUAUUCUUGUCAUAUUUGAAAAAAGCCAAAUUAGGAUUAUCACGCUCACAAUCAUAACUUGUACUUAAAGCUUUGACUGUGCCGGGAACCCCUGAAAAAUGUAAAUAAUCAAUAUUCGAAAAUUCGAAAACAACAUUAAACUUUUUUCAUCAGUUAAAAAAGGACAGUUUAGUAAACCUUGAUCGAUGGAAAAAACCCGAACCGAAUCCUUCUAUCAAAGCUGACAUAAAAGGACUACAUGAAAAGAUUUUGGAUGUUACAUUAUCUUAGGCUAGAAAACAAGCUUUGAAACAAUCGGCUCGUCUUUGGAAAGUUCAUAUCUUCUUGUUCUUUCGAUAAAAUUUUCAUUACAAACCUACGUAUUUUCAUAAAGUUCAGUCAAUCUUCAGGAGCCAAUCGACCAUCAAUAUCGAAUCUUUCCCCGUAUACCCCCAAAACUCGGGCUAGACUGAACCGUUUGCUUUCAAUAUUAGAUUACUGUAUGCUAUACUAAGCUGAAUUCCACUCUAAAAUUGCCAGACUUAUCGCUUGUAAAAUUGUGGAAUUCUAUAUCAAUCUCUAUCUGUAAUUUGGGGAUUUUUUAACAUGAAAUGCACCAUGCAUUUCGGCGUUUGUUUUGAACUAACUAAACACAAUAAAAAACAGUUUUAUGGUGAAUCUGGUGACCAGAACGUAUCUUGGAUUACUACAAAGUCGUCUUUUUGGCAAUCCAAAAAUACAUUCUGGUUACCAGAUUCAUCGUAAAACUGUUUUUAUCGUGUUUAGUUAAUCCAAAUCAAGCACCAAAAUGUAUAGUGCGUUUCAUGUCAAAAAAAUCCCCAAAUUAAAAAAUCCAUAAAUCAAAAUCCAUAAAUGGGGAUUUUAUUUGGAAAUUGACUUGUGGGAAGCAAUUUGGGAUAAAUGAUAGACAUUCGAAUCAAAUGCAUUGCUUUUCGUGAAGCUCUUGAUGCUGACGCAACAUUUAUAAAUAGACAAUGGUUUAUGGACAAAAUUCACCGACCAACUUCAUUUGUUUCGAAACGGUAGAAAUAAACAUAUGAUCAAUGCUUUGCUGAUUAUUCAAAGGUCGGUGCUAAACUUAAAUUAUCAGAAGCUGGUCAAGAUAUCAUUCAUAAAGCAAGUGGUCGACAAAAAAAAGCUGUUUGA